AUGGAGUCGCAGCAAGCCUGGGAAACCGAGAAGUCGGUCAAAUUAGUCGACCCGAACCGAGACGCGCUCUACAAGUACGAUGCAGCCGAACAGAAGAAGAUCAACGAAGCUCGACCGUGGCGCUCAGAUCCACAUCACUUCAAAUAUGUGCGCAUAUCGGCCGUCGCCAUGGUCAAAAUGGUGAUGCACGCGCGCUCGGGAGGAGACAUCGAGGUGAUGGGCUUGAUGCUAGGAUACGUGGAGCACGAAACAUUCAUCGUCACUGAUGCUGUGCGAUUACCCGUCGAAGGCACCGAGACGAGAGUCAACGCAGCAGACGAGGCCAACGAGUACGUGGUCAAAUUCUUGGAGCGGUCGCGUCAGACAGGACAGCUGGAGAAUGCUGUGGGGUGGUAUCACAGCCAUCCGGGCUACGGCUGCUGGCUCUCCGGUAUCGAUGUCUCGACUCAGCACAGUCAGCAGAUGUUUCAAGAUCCGUUCCUUGCCGUGGUAGUCGACCCGCAUCGCACCAUCAGCUCUGGCAAGGUCGAUAUCGGCGCUUUCAGAACCUAUCCCGAAGGCUACAAGCCUGACGGCCAGGAAUCGGCUGCUGAAGGCAUGGCUGCAGUUCCGAUGGCUAAGGCCCAGGACUUCGGUGCGCACGCCAAUCGCUACUAUCCCCUCGAAGUCUCCCACUUCAAAUCGACGCUCGACAAUAAGCUACUGGAGGCACUCUGGAACAAGUACUGGGUGCAGACUCUAUCCGCAUCGCCACUCGACACCAAUCACGACUAUGUCACAAAGCAGAUUGAAGACUUGGCCGGCAAGACUGCUGCAGCCGCUAGCAGUCAUUCAAUAAAGGGCAUGCCACCAAUGGGCCCAUCCAGGAAGAGGGGCGGGGACGAGCAGAUUGCUAAGAUUGUCAAAGCUGCAGAGAAAAUUGCCAGCGAGGAGAAGAUGGGCCUCAGCGCUGCUGUUGUUAAGGAGCAAGUAUUCGCGAACGGCGCUGCGGAAAUCGCAGAGACGAUCAAAAUUGAUGGGAGCAACGGCGUCGACACGCAGAUGGAGGAUGCAAAGGCUUCAUGA